AUGUGACCUCAACCAGAGGCUGAGCUGUGUACCCUCUGUUAGCGAGAGGCAGGGAUGAGUGAGGGUCCCCAUCUGGGGUUGAAGUCCAGUGACCACGGGGCAGGCAGGGAGGUGGAUUUGUAAGUAAACAGGACCCCACCCCCACCCCAGAGUGUCCUCGGCACCUCCAGCAGUUCCUUACCUGGGGCUGUGGUGUCGGUAGCCAGGUGUUGGGGCGGGGAGGAGAUAGUGCCUCCAGCUGAGAAGAGAACUAGGCCUUAGCCUUGCUGUUUAUCCCGGGAGGCCUGCACCGGCCCCUCCCUGCAGGCCUCAGCCAAGAGUUCCUGGCCCUUUAAACUGUUCAUUCUUAGGAUUUCUCUGGGCCUUCGGCAGGGACUGGCAAAGGGAUGUGGAAUUAGGUUAUCAGUUUCUUUGCUUUAUAGAUUUUUUGGAAAGAUUUCUAGCUCCUGCUAUUUGCAAAACCAGACUUGGCUUUCCCUCUCUGCAACAAGAUUCAGUCCCUCGCUGUUUCUUACUAGCCUAGCCUCUUCACCCAGCUGGCCCCUAGCCUUUGUACCAGAUUUUUCCAUAUUUUGUUUCCCUUCUGAUUUUUUUGGGAGGGUCAUCUUUAGUAUCACCCUACCCUGCCAGCACCAAGCCUGUGUAGCUUAGGCUAUCCUUAGUGUUUGGGAGCUGAAGUUCCUGGUGUGUACACACACACACACACACACACCCAAUGCCAGGCUGUCCCUCCUGCUGCUUUCUGCUGCUGCUGCUGUUGGUUUUGAGCCAGGAUCUCGCUGUGUAGCCCUGGCUUGCCUGAAACUCGCUACAUAGCCUGGGCUGGCUUCAAACUCACUGGGUAACCAAGUACGACUGGAUUUCUGAUGCACUUACCACACAGGUUUAUGAAGUGUCAGGGAUCCAGCCCAGGCUUCUUGCUUGCAGGGCAAGCACACUCCCAAAAGAGCCACGUCUCUGGGUGCUUCCCUUUCCCCUCAUUCUGCCUUAAGCCAGGAGUCCCAAGCUUAUUUUAACCCGGCUUCCCUGGCUCUGGCUCCAUAUCACUUGAGUUUUUAAAGGCCCUAAAGCGAGUCCCCGUUUGCCCUCUGUGUAAAGUCACACUGUGCCUUAUCCCAGGACCUCCUAGCCACCAUCCCUCUAUCCUGUCUUGUCUCAAAAUGGACCCUGGCCAGCGUUCUGGGCAGGGCUGAAUGACUGGGCUGAGAAUCUGCCUGGGGUUAGCCUCAAGCAUUCCCUGGGCACGAGCUAGGGCUGAACCAUUGUCCUUGGCAAGGAAGGGCCCAGCACCCUAGUCCAUCUAACCUCUCCAGACCAAUGGCAAAAACAACGGAGGCACCCUGGUAGGGUAUGUUGCCUUCUUUGUACACUCACCUGACUGCUGUGAAUCCAGACAUGUGUGCGUGCGCACGUGCACACACACAUCACACACACAAAGAGACUGGAACAAUGCAUUUGGCUAAUACACUCUGGCCAGGUCCUUUUGUUUAGGCCCUGGCCAAUGCUCUAUUCAUACCAUGCAAGCCACAGCCCUCUAGCUCAGGUCUGUCUGUCAGCAUGGGCAGCCUCUGUGGGUAACAAAGCAGAAGCUGAACCUCUGGAAUUUUCUCCACGUGAGAGCUAGAAGGUAGGAUGAUUGAGGGAGAUCACUGUAUAGCUUGGUCCCAUACCCCUAUCCCUACCGCUCUACCCCCACCCCUCUCCACACACCCACCCAGAGAAUAAGCCUUCCCAGGGACCAUCCACAAGCCCUACUAAAUGGAUUCCUACCCCUGCUAACAAAAGUCUUCCAUAGACGUCACGUGCCCCCAACCUAGCAAAGGCCUAAAUAUGCCACUUCCUGGGUUGCUGAGGUUUCAGACUAUAAAAUAUUGUGUUUAAGUAGUACCAAGCGCGGAGCUGUUGCUAUGGCAGCUGAGAUAAGCCAGGCUUUCCCUGGUACCCAACAGACCAAGUCACCUGGCACUGCUUCCGUCCCCUUAUUCUUGCUGGUCUACACCCCAGGUGCUUGGAUGGCUGCUGUUUCCGGCUUUAUCUUUUACCCAGCACUCCAGGGCUGAGUGACACAGAGCGUUUAGAGCCGCCUGUGAGCGCAGCUGUGAUUUCACAAGGACAGAUGUUUGCGAGAUGACCAGGCUCAGGGAUCAGGAAGGAGAUAGGGAGAGACCCUUCCUGGAUAGCUUCAGUCCUGAGGGAGUGACACUCUUUCCUUUGCCAUGGAGUCCUGCUCACUAACUGCCUAGAGAGCUGCGGUCCCCACUGCGCGUCCCACUCGCAGGCUCCAGGGUUACAUUGUGUGUGACCACGUCCAGCUUUCGGGGCAUCCUGAGGACCCAGCUCAAAUCUCAAACUUGCACAAAUGCUUUACCCACACACAGGGUCAUCUUCCAGGGCCCACCAACAAAACUUUGGGUGUUUCUUUCAGCCCUGCCUGGGUGGGGCUGUGACAGGCUGGGAAGCCCCUGGGGCAGGCCUCAGGUACUAGAUGUCCGUACAUAUGAUGAGGGUUGGUAUUGGGUAUCUGCUGUCAGUGAGGCAUUUUGAAAGGUGCCUAAUGAGGCCCAGCUUCAUGAUCAGGGAGAGUGAGCUCCCUGCUAUCCCAGGUUACAAAUGGGCAUGGACCUCUGUUUGGGCCACCCUUGGACUGGCCUGAGAAAAAGGCCCACGUUCCCCUGCUUCUGUUUAAUUGUUAUAUGGGUGCCUUACCCGAGGGAGCCCCUCACCCAAGUGCCCUAACAGGGUCCCACGGCUUAGCCAUUUCUCUAGACCUUCAUCUUCCCUCACAGAGAUUUUGAUUGCCAUAGCAUUAGAGAGUCGCCAUGUCUGCUUAGGCACCACUGCUUGUCAACUAAGCUUUGACAAAAUGCACCAUGUCGCUCCCAACCCCAGUGAUCCUAAUACAGAAAAACAAAAUAGCCAAGGGGCUGGGGACAUAGCUCAGAUGGUAAAUGCUUGCCGUGCAAACCUGAUGGCCUGCUUGAUCCUCAGAGUCCACAUAAAGAGUGGGGAUCACGGCAUGCCUUGUAAUCCCAGUACUCCUUUAGCAAGAUAGAAGAGGACCACUAGCCAGCCAGUGGUGGUCCACACCUUUAAUCCCAGCACUCAGGAGGCAAAGGCAGGUGCAUCUCUGAGUACGAGACUAGCCUAGUCUACAAAGCUCCAGGCCAGCCAGGGCUACCACUAACCAGCCUUGAAGCUCCCAGGCCAGCAUGCCUGGAGUACACAGCAGCACAGGAGCACAAUGGGACCCUGCGUCAAAGGGAUGGAAGACAAGAACCAACUUCCAAAAGUCAGACAACCUGCAUAACACACAUAACAAAUAUUUUAAAAGCUGGGUGUAGUAGUAUGCCCUUGUAAUCCCAGUGCAGGGUAAGUGGAGUCUGACAGAUCCCUGGGGCCUCCUGGCCGGCUAGCCUAAUGUUCUAGUCGAGGUCCAAGCCAGUGAGCCUGUCUCAGAAACAAAGGGAUGGCUCUUGAGGUCGUCCUUUGGCCUCCACAAGCAUGUGCACUCAGUCUGAUCUCUGACCCCUCCCAAACCUCUCAGGAUGCAAAGGGCCAUGAGGCAUCUACCACAGAAUCCCGGCUUCUGUGAACAUAGCCACCAUCAGGUUCAGGUCAGCUGUUUGACUCCAGGGCGGUGAGGGGCACUUUGAAGGUAUCCCUGAGAAACGACCUCUUCUUUCGCGUGUCUCUCAGUGACUACCUGGAUGCAUGGAAAUCUGGAGGGUACAGCUCGUGACUGUGGACCAGUCUACUAGUUUCCCUAUCCCGGGACAUUGGUCGCCCCAAACUCAUUGAAGAACCGCCGUUAGAACUUCUGCACAGUGUUCAGCAGCCAAAUUCCCUGAAUAACUCGGGAGCAAAGGCACAAAAAUCAUCUCUGGGUGGGAAGGAGAGGGACACUGAGGACCUAAGGAUAGAGGCUGAGCGGGGUGGCUGCUGUCAGGAUGGCCGGCGAAGCCGUUCUUCUAAUUACCAGUCUCACCACUGCUAACCACAGCUGCUUCAGCACCCUGGCUUUCUGGCUUUCGGGAUUGCCCCAGGCUGCCCCUGGCGGCACUCCUCCACCCCCAUAUCCAGUCAGCUGAUUGGUGGAGACGCCCCCCCACUCCCCGCCCCUGUGAAAGUUUGGUCCCAGCGGUGCAGGACUCCUACUCUAGCCUAUGAGUCCCUAACUCAAGUUCCUGCACUCGGGCGUGGGAGGGUUAACUUGAAGGGGUGGAGAUUCUAACAGGGAGGCUGACCCAACUGAGGUUGACCCAGCUGGGUCAGCCUUCCUUAGAUAUAGAAGUCCUGGUGUCACUGGCCACUGGAACGCUUGAGUAUAGGCUCCUUGCUCACUUCAAGUCGGGAGAGGGCGUGGGGAGAUGCAGGGUAGCUAGAACGGUUGCCAUCUCCCAGGUCUCUGCUACUCGUCCCCAAGCUGGUGGUGGCUCAGGGGACCAGACCUAUCCAAAUCAGUCCUUCCGAGGGCACUUGAUUGCCUUUGGUUGGAGAUGAAUCCGGCAGGUACGGGUCUUACAGUCUCCCCCGGGGCCGAGUCCACCGACGUGUCCCUUGGCCCACCAUUUCCCUGGCCCUGCCCACCCGACGUGCGGCUCUGUGGCCACCUGCGGAAGCAAAAGUCCCAGCGCCGCCGCUUUUUCGUUCUGCGCGCCGACCCUCCGCGCCUGGAGUGCUACGAGAGCGAGAAGAAGUUCCUCGCCAGCGGCUGCCGCCCACCUCGACCCCGGCGCAGCGUGAGCCUGGAAGGCGCCUGCACUAUCAGCAAGCGUGCGGAUGCCCGCCAGCGCCACCUGAUCGUCGUCUAUACCAGCGACAGCAGCCUGGGCGUAGCGGCGGCCAGCGAAGCAGAGCAGCAAGCAUGGUACAGCGCCCUGCUGGAGGUGCGCGCCUCUGCCGCUGCAGCUGCUGCCACUGCUAUGGGUCUCAGUCCCCAAGAGGCCCCUGAGUCUUGGGUCUUUGCCCCAUUCCAGGAUGUCUGGCCUGUGACACUGCGGUCCAAGGGACUGGGGCGAACACGAGGCCUGAGUAGCGGCACCUACCGCCUGUGCCUGGGUUCUGGGGCUCUAAGCCUCCUGCGGAAGCCAGGAAGCAAAGGCUCCCGAGACAGCCGGGCAUCACCACCACCAGCCCUGCGCCUAUCCUUGCUCAGUGUGCGCCGCUGCGGCCAUGCAGACUCGUUCUUCUUCCUGGAACUCGGGCGCUCAGCGCCCACAGGUCCCGGGGAGCUGUGGAUGCAGGCGCCUGAUGCAGUGGUAGCCCAAAACAUCCAUGAGACCGUCCUGGCUGCCAUGAAGAGGCUGGGGAGCAGUACAGCCAGUGGCAAGGAUGAGCCACCGUCCGGAGAUCUUCCAAAGAGUGCUUCUGCAGCCCCUACCCUGGUACCAUAUGAAACCCCUGCUUCUGCAGGGCAACCAAGAAGCCCGGGUGAGAGAGCAAAGCAGGACUACCUCAAAACCUUGGAAAGGAUGGGGCCCACACCCGCCUGCAAGGGGCUAGAUCUGGGCGGGGACUACAUCACCAUGGGAGUUGGGGAUGACUACGUGCACAUGGCAGGAGGAGAGGUUGGUGACUACAUGUUGAUGGCACCCCCAGGCCUUCCUCCCACCCCAGCCAGGGUAGCUCCUGGCAAGUCGCUCCAGGAUUGUGAGAGCACAGAGUACAUGCCCAUGAAUAGAUUCUCACCAGGGCCUUUUUACUACGAGCUCAAGGCCAAGGAGCCUGAACUGGGCCAUCAAGGUGCCCCCUGCAGCGUUAGGGACAGAUGGAGACCCACAGAAGCUCAGACCUGCUCUUCCCAGCUUUCAGAGUUACCUGGGGACUACAUGUACAUACCAGACUGCGUAGGCAUGAGCGGUGCUAAGCCCAGGGCCCUGGACAACUGCCUCAACUACGUGGACCUGGACCUAGUCCCUCCCCUGGAAGUGUCUGGAGCAGCCCCUGGGGAGAGUCCACAUAGUUAUGCCAGCAUCAAGUUCUAGAACCUUCUGGGAGAUGGUCAGGGAAGAGACAAAAAGAAGAGAAAAAGUUACUAGUGUAUAGCUCGACUCUUGCAAGGGGCCAAGGCCACCAUGUUCCCUGUCAGGUGCUAUGCUGCCCCCUUGCCUGCUGUCACUUCCACCUACAAACUCUCAGAAAUUAGACUUUUUUUUUUUUUUUUGAGACAGGGUUUCUCUGUAGCUUUGGAGCCUGUCCUGAAACUUGUUCUGUUGACUAAGCUGGCACAAACUCACAGAGAUCUGCCCGUCUCUGCCUCCCAAGUACUGGGAUCAAAGGCAUGUGUCACUUCUGCCUGGCGAAUUUAGACUCUUUUAAGAGAGAAAGUUCUAGAACCUCUCUUGUCCCAACCCAAAAAAACCAACCAAACAAACAACCCUAAAGCCUUAAGAAGUUUUGGGCCUUCCCAGAUGAAACCCGGAUCUUAUCUGAGGAAUUCCUACAGAAUCAGUCUCAGGCUAGCUGUGGCCAAACCAGAGAUGAAGAUCCCCACCCCAAUUUGGACAGCUCUGUCCCUCGCAUGUUGUCAGCUAGAUGUCACUGUGUCCCCCGAGCCCAAAGUUAUCCUCACCCAACUUUUCCAAGUCAGAGAGCUCAAAAGUGAUCAUGUUCGUGCUCCCCAGCAACCUGGCCUCCUGAGCCAUCCUCCUGUGGUGCCAGUCAAGCUCCCCUGACCCUUCCCUGGGCCUGACCAAGCCAACCGAAUCCUUGCUUCCUACAGCACAGCCCGUCACAUCCUGUGGACCCAACCACCCAUUAAAGAUGCUCUGCACCCUGA